UGGAUGGCAGCCAUAUUGGAAAUCUGUUUACAUAAAAUCAUAUAUAUAAGAGAAAAAUGCGAUUAACAUUUCCCCAUUUAUUAUUUAAUUAAUAUUUAUCAAUUAAUGCGUAAAGUUUUCACUGUAGAAGCAGGGAGUUUUCGGAGGACGCUGACGAACCCAGGUUAAAAAAAUGUCUGUUCAUUACAAAUUCAAAUCCGCACUUGAAUAUGAUACAGUCACCUUCGAUGGCUUGCACAUCUCCGUACGCGACCUUAAAAAUUCCAUUAUGCAACAAAAGCGAAUUGGGAAGAAUACGGAUUUCGAUCUACAAGUCACCAAUGCGCAGACCAAGGAGAUAUACGAUAACGACGAGACCUUAAUUCCCAAAAAUACGUCUCUGCUGAUCGCCAGAAUUCCCUCGGUUCAAGUUAAACCGAAAACGUGGGAAGGGUAUGGGGGAAAUUCGAGUCCGGUCCCCAAAACCGACGAUGGGGGACCCGCAUCGAAAGCUGUCGAUUUGUCUAGUUUGGACGCCUCUGAAGAAGAUAAAAUCAAGGCGAUGAUGUCUCAAAGUACGCAAGAUUACGAUCCUAGCAACUAUUUGAAAAUACGAGGUGCUAAUCAAGUUGGUCCGGUCCCACCUACCUAUCGCUGCUACAAAUGCCACCAGGGUGGUCAUUGGAUUAGGGAUUGUCCACUUAGUCAAGGAAGCGAACCAAUGGAAAUCAAGAAAAGUACCGGGAUUCCUCGCAGUUUCAUGGUGCCGGUCGAAGGUCCUCAAGUUCCCGGUGCCAUGAUGACGCCAAACGGUUCGUUCGCCGUACCCGUCUUAGACCAUCAGGCUUAUACUGAGAAACCACAACCCGCCCCUCCCGAGGAAAAGAAACCAGAAAUUCCGGAAGAUUUGUUGUGUUCUCUUUGUUCAGACUUAUUAACGGACGCCGUUAUGAUACCGUGUUGCGGGGAUUCGUAUUGCGACGAGUGCAUUCGAAGCUGCUUGCUAGAGUCCGAGGAUCACGAGUGUCCCGCUUGUCACGAACGGGAUAUUUCACCCGGAACUCUAAUACCGAAUAGAUAUCUACGGAAUUCGGUUGCAAAUUUUAAGAGCACGACUGGCUAUGUGAAGAGGUUAGUCAGUAAAUUACCUCAAACUCCCAUAAAAGCCCAUCCGGAUAUAAUACCAGAGCCAACUUUCAAUGUCACCGGAUUGAAAGAAGCUACUCCUCCACCUGUGUCCAAAGUGAAUGCGGAAGAGAAAACUGUUAUAAGAGAGGCAGACUCAACCGAAACCCCUAAGACUACUGUCGAGCCAAAGAAGGAAGAAUCUGCAGAGGAUGCCGAUUUAAAGGAGACGGAAAAAUCAGCGGCUGUCAUUGAAGGACCCCCAGGUGUUUCUCCACAUCGUGAUAAGUCGCCCAAGGCGCAGAGAAUUACAAACGUGACAGUGUCCAGACAUCAUCGACCUCAUCCGAAAAUGAAUUCAAAUGAGCGUUCCCCGCGGAGACCUCAUCAUGUCAAGAGAUCGCCCACCUACAUACAGGACGCAAUGUCUCGUGUUGAGGAUAGACCCGGAACUCCUACCGUCGACGAACCGGGUGUAGGCGGUACCACGACUAUUUGUUCGAAUACAGUUUAUCAUUCGGCCCCACCUUUGUAUAGCGCUGUGCCGCCCAGUAAUAUGAAUCCUAUAAUGGCAAUGCAGGCACCUAAUAUGCAGAGACCGCCUCCGAUAAUGGCAGGUGCCUACCCUGGACCAAUUCCUCCAACGUAUCCACCUCCAGGCCCAGGACCACUGCCAAACUACAGAUUGCCGCCCCCAGGAGCCCCUCCAUAUAUGCCAGGUGGUUACACCGCACCACCGCGACCAGUUUUUGAUUGCACCAGACCCCCAUUGCAAGGACAUGCGAGUUACCCAGUUUACCCACCCGGUCCCAGACCGUCGCGAAAUCGCGAUUAUCCGCGUGAUGUAUCAAGGCGCGGGCGAACUCCGACAAGAAUUAUCGAUGACCCCUUGGAGGCUUUCAAUCGAAUGCUGCGCGAGAAAGACGAACGAGUGCGACGAGCCAAACAGCGCAAGGCUCGCAGCUACAGCCGCAGUUCGAGCAGGAGUUUCAGCCCUUCGCCGCGGCGCUUGCGCAGUCGGUCGCCGCGCAGGAGGUCACGCAGCCGUUCGCGAUCGUUCUCGCUGAGCAGAUCACGUUCCAGAUCAUUUUCUCCUAGUCCUCGAACAUCACCUCCUAGACAUUUUUCACCAAAGCGUUCGCCACAUAGGGGACCGCAUCGCUAUCGUUCACCCGUCAGAUCCCCACCACGAUACCGGUUCAAAGACACUGCAAUCUCUGAACGCGAACGCGGUCGUGAUCGUGAUUUGGACAGAGAGCGUGAUCGAGAUAAGGAGUUCAGGGAUAGAGAUACAAACUACAACAGAGACAGAGAGCGCGACUUCAGAGAAAGAGAUCAUCGCGAUUAUGGUUAUGGGGGCUAUGAUCGAGAUCGGCAGAGAGGUAGACAGCAAUGGAACCAGUCACUUCAAAGGAAAGACUAUGUGCCGCCCGAUAAUUACUAUCACGCUCAGGAGAUGGCAGCUCAACCGCCACCAUUUGUACAAUCCAACAGGUACCCACCGCGUGAUGUGUAUCCGCCACAUCACAUACCGCCACUGCAACAUCCACCAGUUCCGCAUGCACCAGCUCAACAUCUUCCACCGCCCAUUCGAAGGUACGACGAUGUUGCACCGCCUGGUACCGAACAACCUCCUAUACCUGGAUUAGAAAACACACCUAGGUUUGAUGACCGUUAUUCGUAUGAUCAGAAUAAUCGUGACACAGCUGAUAACUUUAGCCCCACGCAUUCUAUUAAGGACAAGGAGAGUGAAAGACGCGAUCAUAGAGAUGAGGCGAACGUAGAACGCAAACAUGACGCCAGAUCGCCAGAUCGAAACCGGUACGCGUCACCGAGGAGACCAUCGAAGGACCGAGAGCAUCGGUCGCCGGAAAAGCACAAGCAUCGCCGACGCGACGACUCUUUCGAUAUAGAGAAGCGAGAAUUCGAGCGUGUUCAUGAAAGAAAACGCGACGUGUCCGACGACGAAAGAACUAAGAAAAACAAGGAUAAGAAAAGAAAGAAGGAAAAACGCGAGAAGAAGGAGGAGGAGAGAAAGAAACGCAAAGAGAAAAAAGAGAAACGAGAACAUGACAAGCAAAGAAGGGCGGCGGAGGAGAAGGAAAAAUCGGAGAGAAAGAGUAAAUCUUCCGACAGAAAGGAGGAAGUCGAAGGUCAAUCACACGAGAAUAACGAUAGCGAACGGCCUAAGCACAGUGAGAAAAUUGAAAAACGGCGUGUAUCCGAGGACGCAAGCGACGACAAAGAUUUCGUCGAUGAAAUUAGAGAACGCAACAAGAAAGCUCAGGCCGAAAGUAAACGUGAAUCGAACACUUCUGAGAGGGAUUACCCGCCCGAUACAGAUAGGUUCGACGUAUCUCCAAAAACGGAAGAUAAUCACGAUUUGUACGGGGAUCUGUUAUCAGAAGACAUUGACAAUAGCGUUAUUGAGAAUUACGGUAAAUUGAAGGAAGAAUCAUUGAAAGACGAGGAAACAUCCGAGGGCGUCGACAAAACAUCACAAAAUGACGACGGUCGCGAUGAAGGCGAGUUGUCUUACGAUGACGACUCUGAAAAGGACAUAUUAGAGUUGCACACCAAUGAAGCAGAUCUAAAAACUGACAUGGACAUUAAAAAUGAGAUGCUGGCGCACCUCCCUGAAAGGUCGAAGUGGGAGGUCGAGGACGAACUAUUUCCACCCGGUAGCUCGGGUUACGGCAGAGGCGAUGGCAAAUUGGACCGAUUGGACAAAUCGGGAAAAGUCACAAACGAAGUACUGAAACGCGCCGAGAACGCGAUCUUCGCGAAGGCGAUUAACGCGAUUCGACCUAUCGAGAUUAAAAAAAUUAGUUUGGACCGUGCCAAAUUGUAUUCGGGCGAGCGAGAUCGCGACAAAAAGUCCGACGACCUGAGGGAGGGCGCCCGAAAUUAUCACGUUAUCAUUACGGAAACGGGAGGUUUCGACGAUGACGUAGUCCCGGUCGAACCGGUGGAGGUAACGAAACCGAGGUUAUCAGUUAAGGAAAGGCUAGGAUGUAAAGUGGACGAUUUGGACAGGAUCGUCAAAGUCGAGAAGCCCUACGAUCGUAAUCGAUCGCGCAGCCUUUCGCCUCUCAGCAGGCGCGCCGGCGAAUUAAACAGAAAUUUGGGCCAGGGCGAGAGGCGGAUCGAAAUUGACGAUCGAAAGAGGUACGAUUCGAGAGGUGAUAAAGGGCGUGAUCGCCAUCAUCGGUCGUUUCGGGGCGAUCGCGAAACUAGACCGUCUAUUAGAAGAGAUAUAAAGCGCGAUUCGUACAGAGAAAGGGACUAUCGGAAGAUUGAUAGAAGGGUGGAUCGAAGGGAGCCUAUCCGAGCGCGUAGUCGUGGACGAGUACGAGAAAAAUCCCGCGAUUUGGACGAGAAAAGAAAUCGCGACCGGAAGAAGUCGUCCAGAUCGCGUAGUCCUUCUGAUAAAGAUAAACGUAAAAGAAGGGAUAGGAAAGAAAAGAAAAAAGAGAAGGUUAAUAAACGACACAGGAAGGAUGAAGAAGAAAAAGAAACCGUUAAAGGCAGUAAAAAUGAGGACGAGAAGGUCACAAAAGCAAAAUCUACCACAGAUAAGCGAAAACCUACGCUAGACGAGUCCAACUUUGAACCGGACUAUGAUCUCGAAAGCGAGUCUGAGAAGGACGAUGGCACUAAAAAGGAGGAAAAAGUUAAACAAAAGAGAACAAGCUCGCCGCCUGCUGAGGAGGAGGUCUCGAAAAAGAAAACUAAAGUAGAAGAGAGUUCAUCAUCUGAAUCGAGCGACUCCAGUUCAGAUGAAGAAAGGCGAAAGAAAAAACACAGAAAGCACAAGAAGAAAAGGAGUCGAAAAGAUAGCAGUUCGAGUAGCGAAUCCGAGUCUGAAAGCGAGUCAAGUGAUGAAGAUAAAGAUAAAAAGAAGAGAAAGCAUAAGAAGAAACUGAAGAAAAAGAAGAAGGCGAAACAUAAGAAUUAAUUAGCCAGUGACUACCUAUAAUUAAUUAAAAACUGGCUUACUCUGUGUUAAAUUUAGGGUUAAACAUAGGCUAUAUAAGCAUUUAAUUUGUAUAUACACUAUGAUAUCUUACAUGGAGUAGAUAUGGAUGUAAUAAUUACAAUAAAUAAAUAAAACGCCAGAAAUAUUGGUUAA